ACAAUGCGCCAGGUCCACAGGCUUGUCUUGUGGUAAAACAUUUGAAUACGUGUUUGCAUAUGAACAAUCUUCGAUCACGCAGUAUGGGAUUACCAGACCACAGCGUAGAAGGAGUUUAAGAGAAGCGCAUGUAAAUAAAAGCUCGGUGGGCAGGAACACUGCAUUGCGUGAUCACAGAUGACAGUUAUUUAAUAAGCUAUUGGUAACACAGCAACUUUUUUGAAAUAAUGGCCGUGGAUGAGGAGCACAGACAGGAGGACUGUCUCGUUUUAUAAAAACAUGAAGGUCUGCAGAUGUGCUGUGGAAAAACUUGCCUCUCUAUCUCUCUACUUCCGCAUCAAACAUGCUUUUAACGCUCAACAUGUCCUGCUGAGCACAACAUUGAAGUAAAUGGUAUUUGCAUCAGUUUGCAUGUUUUUAACAUUAACCUCACAGAAACAUCUGACUGGGACGCAGCAGCAGACUGCAGAGAUCAUAUGGAGGGGAAAGUGGACAUGGAUGAUGUUUCUCCAUCCCAUCAUCAGCAUCAGCGAGGCUUGUGGAAAUCCUUCCACGGCAAACCCAAACUCCCAGGCAGCCCCAAACUGGGCAAAAAAGACAAAAAGCAGGAAAGCGGGUUUUGGAUAUUUAAAAAGAAACGAGCGAAUGGGUUGGACCGAGCGGUGUCUUCGUCUCAGCCUAAUCUGCACAGCGCGUCAGCCGCUCCGGAUGGUGGUGAGAGCGGGAGGACGCGGUGCGGCAUGCCGGAGCAGAGUGUCGGUACGGCGGCCGUAGCAGCAGCGUCGCUCGGCGCGGAGAUCCAGAUGCUGAAAAGAACCGUCAGCUCCAAACCGACGCUCUCGCAACUGGUGCAGUCUCAGCAUAAACCUGCUCUGCAAGUAUCCACAUGCACUGAGGAUGCAGUGGUGGAUGAUAAUGAAGAACAGACCAAUACAAGUCUGGGCAUUAAUGCAGCUGGUAAUGGUGCCACACAGCCUUCACUUCCCACUUCAGCAAUGUACCAGCUAGACAUUGUGCUGAAAAAAGGAAACAACCUUGCCAUUCGAGACAGAGGCGGAACGAGUGACCCGUAUGUGAAGUUCAAAAUAUCUGGCAAAGAAGUUUUUCGUAGUAAAAUCAUUCACAAGAACCUUAACCCAGUUUGGGACGAGCGUGUUUGCCUGAUAGUGGACAAUUUACAAGAGCCACUUUAUAUUAAGGUGUUUGACUAUGAUUUUGGCCUUCAAGAUGAUUUUAUGGGCUCAGCUUACCUGUACCUUGAGUCUCUGGAGCUCCAGAGACCUCUCGAUGUUCGGUUGGACCUUCAAGAUCCUCACUGCCCCGAUCAGGACCUGGGCUCUCUAGAGCUGGCGGUCACUCUAUUCCCAAGAAAUGCAGAGGACAGAGAGGCUCUCCGACAGGCGACCAUGCUACUGAGGAGAAGCUGGAAAGGAUGCAGUAAGCAGCAGCAGAGUCUUCGGCUGUCGGAUCUGCACAGGAAGUCUCAGGUGUGGAGGGGCAUCGUGAGCAUCAGGCUCAUCGAGGGUCGCAACCUCAUCCCUAUGGACCAGAACGGCCUGAGUGACCCUUACGUCAAGUUCAGACUAGGCCCUCAGAAGUACAAGAGUAAGACAAUUCCCAAGACCCUCAACCCUCAGUGGAGGGAGCAGUUCGACUUGCAUCUGUAUGAGGAGGAGGAUGUCAUUCUAGAGAUCUCCGUCUGGGAUAAAGACAUUGGAAGAAGAGACGACUUUAUUGGCCAGUGUCAGCUGGACCUGUCCAUGUUGAGCAGAGAGAAAACACAUAAGGUGGAACUGGAGCUGGAGGAGGAUAAAGGGACGAUAGUACUACUAGUGACUCUGACCGCCACAGUCGCGGUCUCCAUCUCUGACCUGUCUGUCAACCUACUCGACGACCCACACGAACGCCAGCAGAUCAUUAAGAGAUAUAGUCCACUAAGGUCGUUCUUUAACCCGAAGGAUGUCGGAAUCGUGCAGGUGAAGAUCCUGCGGGCCGAGGGGCUGAUGGCUGCUGAUGUCACAGGAAAGAGCGACCCGUUCUGCAUUGCUGAGCUGUGCAACGACCGUCUGCAGACACACACGGUCUACAAGACACUGAACCCCGAGUGGAAUAAAGUCUUCACCUUCAACGUGAAAGACAUUCACUCGGUGCUGGAAAUCACCGUGUACGACGAGGACAGAGACCGCAGCGCCGAUUUCCUGGGUAAAGUGGCCAUCCCGUUAUUAAACAUCCGCAACAGCGAACAGAAGGCCUACGUCUUAAAAAACAAGGAGCUGACAGGGCCAACAAAGGGGGUCAUCUUUCUCGAAGCAGACGUCAUCUUCAACGCCGUGAAAGCCAGUUUGCGGACGUUCGUUCCACCAGAACAGAAGUACAUCGAAGAGGAGGCCAAAGUCUCUAAACAGAUGCUGCAGCAGAAUUUUAACCGAGUGAAGCGCUGCAUCCUUUUCCUCAUUAACGUGGGCUCCUACAUCAACAGCUGUUUUCAAUGGGAGUCCCCCCGCAGGAGUUUAUGUGCUUUCUUGAUUUUUGUGGUGGUGGUUUGGAAUUUCGAGAUCUACAUGGUUCCAUUGUCUUUGCUGCUGCUGCUGACCUGGAAUUACUUCCUGCUGGCCUCGGGGAAGGAGUCGCGCGAGGGAAGCGUGCAAGCGAUGGAGGACCUUCUUGAGGAUGUGGAUGAAGAUUAUGACAAAGACGACAAGGACUCAGAGAAAAAGGGCUUCUUGGAUAAAUUCUAUGCAGUUCAGGAUGUGAUCAUAACAGUUCAAAACGCUCUGGAUGAAGUGGCCUGCUUUGGGGAACGAGUGAAGAACACGUUUAACUGGUCUGUGCCUUUUCUGAGCUGGUUAGCCAUAACAGUGCUAUGUACCGGUGCCACACUAAUAUACUUUAUCCCACUACGAUACAUUGUUCUGGUCUGGGGCAUCAAUAAAUUCACCAAAAAACUUCGGGACCCCUACAUCAUUGAGAACAAUGAGCUGUUGGACUUCCUGUCUAGAGUUCCAUCAGAUGUCCAGUUGGUUCAAUACAAAGAUCUCAAACCAGAGACUUCUCAGAGUCCCAUCAAGAAAAGGAGAAACAACCCGGGGUAGAUCCUGAACUGUAACGUUACGUUUCUAAAUCGACGGCUUCCAAAGCACUGUUCACGUACAAUACACUGUGAAUGUUGCACAGACUUUAAAAAGAUCAUUAUUUAUGGAAACUUGCACAACUAUAAUAGCACAAAACUCAAUUGUUCAUAAAAUGUGCUUUUAAUUAUUUAUAUGGCCAUUUUUAUUCUCUGUCACUGAUUUACAAUCAGUGUCUUGAACAUUUUUAAUCAAAGAGACUUAAGUGGAGAAAAAUGCUGCAAGCCGGAUUCAAACUUGUGUCGUCCACGAGAGCACCACAGCUCAAAAAACAUGUGCCUACCACUUGGUCACAGCUCCAGCAAAUUGGUCUUUUUAAAUGUGAUUUUUCCAGUCAGUUAAGGCUAUAUAAUGUGGUUUCUAGUGCAAAAAAAUCAGUUUUCGAAUAAUGAAUAAUUUUAUUUAUCCACAAGCACAUGACCAUGGACCGCAAAACCAGUCAUAAGGGUCAAUUUUUUGAAAUUGAAAUUUAUACACUGCCCGAAAGCUGAAUAAAAAAAGCUUUCCACUGAUGUAUGGUUUGGAAAUCUGGAAUCUGAUGGUGCAACAAAAUCAAAAUAUUGAGAAAAUCCAAGUUGUCCAAGUUCUUAGUUCAUAUUACUAAUCAAAAAUUAAGUUUUUAUAUAUUUAUGGUAGUAAAUUUACAAAAUAUCUUCAUGGAACAUGAUCCUUACUUAAUAUCCUAAUGAUUUUUGGCAUAAAAGGAAUGGGGACCCAUACAAUGCAUUUUUGGCUAUUGCUACAAAUAUAUUCGUGCUACUUAUAACUGGUUUUGUGGUCCAGGGUCACAUAUUAUAUGGAGAAACUGCAUGCUGUGCAUCUAAAUCAAAAGAACGCAUGUGUGCAUAUAAAAAAUGACUGUAUACUAUGUGGAAAGAUUAUUUAUAUUGUUCUGGACACAUUUUAGAUAUCGUAUGCUAUGAUCACUAUUCAUACGCUAUGAUGAAUGAUGAAAUUGUGUUUUACUGUAAUAUUUGUACAUUGUGUUGCUUGUUAAUGUUUUGUCCAGUGGUCUCUGAGCAUGUUAAGCAGAUAUACUCAAGGAGAUAAAUUUAUGUGCAUUUAAAGAUAAAAGGCAUGUUUAUACAGGGCUGAAACCAAACCAAACAAAACAAAACCUCUUUGUGUGAACUUUUGGUUAUUUAUUUUCAAAAACUAAGAAAUAAUAGACUUUUUUCCUGAA